UAGGCGUCCGCUGUGGAAUGGCGGCUCUGAGGAGCUGGGUUCUUCGCAGCGUCAGCUCCUUCUUCAGGCAGCAUAUUCCAGUUGCAGCGAAAUUGAGGAGAUGCCGUUUCUCAGAUUUGGUGGGACCCUGGCACAAAACAGUGGCAGCAGGUUUUGGAGUAACCCUAUGUGCCAUUCCUAUAGCACAGAAGACAGAGCCUCACUCUCUUAGUAAUGAAGCACUCAUGAAGAGGGCGGUUUCCUUGGUGACUGACAGCACCUCCACCUUUCUCUCACAAACCACAUAUGCCCUGAUUGAAGCCAUCACAGAGUACACAAGGGCGGUUUACACAUUAGUGUCUCUGUAUCGACAAUACUCAAGUUUACUUGGGAAAAUGAAUUCUCAAGAGGAAGAUGCAGUGUGGCAGGUGAUCAUAGGAGCCAGGGUUGAGAUGUCUUCAAAACAAGAAGAGUACUUAAAGUUAGAAGCAACUUGGAUGACUGCUGUGAGUCUGUCUGAAAUGGCAGCAGAAGCAGCCUACCAGUCAGGUGCUGAUCAAGCCUCAGUCACAGCUCGAAAUCACAUUCACCUGGUGAAGACUCAAAUUCAGGAAGUUCGCCAGCUCUCCCAGACAGCUGAGACCAAGUUGGCUGAGGCCCAAACUGAAGAGCUACUCCUUAAAAGACCAGAGGAGCCAGAAGGGGUCUCAUCCCAGCGCCCAAGCACUGGGGGCCCUCAGCUGACAGACCAUGAACAUGAGGCCUACUUACGUGAGGAUUGAGGAAGCCUCUCCCUGUAGGCACUAGCAUUGUGAAGAUGGGUACAUUGAUUGCCUUUGAAAACAAAAAGGGGAGUGUUCUGGAAGCUGGGGUAGGGACUAGCUCAGAGUUGUAAAACCUUUCCUGAGAUAGGCAGCAGGGUCCAUGUGUUGGGACACCCAGAGAUCCCCUCCAUCUGUUGUCCUACACCUCACCUCCUACUUUGUAGGAGGGUAAAAUGGGCAUUGUUCAUAGCAAUCCAGCUCCUAUAUUGUUUAAACAUUCAAGUCAUUGAAGCUGCCCUCCGCAGCCCUCUUGGGCUCUUCUAGUUGCCUUUUCCAAAAGAGAGGCUCAGGCUCCCUCAGUACCUGCGGACGGGACGCAGCCCAUUUAUUACCACUAGUUUAAGUAGAAAGUUUGCCCCCAUUUUCAACUCUGUUCAAGUUUCCAAAUGUAAAUUAUUUAAGCAUCAGUUUCCUCUUAAGGGAUGUGAAUUGUUUGGGGUUGUAGUACUGUUUGUAAGGUUUGUUUUUAAAAAGCUUGCCCCCUUUGACUUGGCUUACCUUUAGUCUAAGUGUGGCCAAGACAAGUGCCUGGGCAGGUCCUACUGGAAGGCCUGGCUGCACAUUUGAGGAAGGUACUUCAUGAAAUGGAUUUGUGCUUGGUUAUGAAAUAGGAGUCACUUUGAUGAAA